CGAGCUGUAGACCAGGCACCAGGCUGAUUGGGCGGAGGCCCCACUUCACCAGGCUGGGCAGUCAUCCCGAGCCGGGCGCCGGCGGCCCGGAGAGAGGUGCCGAACCGGGAUCCCGGGAGCCAUCGCCGGCCGCUUCCGAUUUGACUGAUUUGACUUGGUUUCGGUCGCCGCUCCCAGAAGGCGCGCCCCCCGCCCCCGCCAGGCAGGCCCCGCCCCGCCCUCCGCUUCCUCCCAGCUCCCUGGCACUGCGGCCGCUCGGGCAGAGGAACCGGAGCGGGGAGGCAGCGGCGGCGGCGAUGGCAGGGAAAGAGUUGGAGCGGUGCCAGCGGCAGGCGGAUGAGGUGACAGAAAUCAUGCUCAACAACUUCGACAAGGUCCUGGAGCGCGACGGGAAGCUGGCGGAGCUGGAACAGCGUUCAGACCAACUCCUGGACAUGAGCUCUGCCUUCAGCAAGACAACCAAGACUCUGGCCCAGAAGAAGCGCUGGGAGAAUGUCCGUUGCCGGAUCUACUUGGGGCUGGUAGUAGGUGGUGGUCUGCUCAUCCUCCUGAUUGUGUUGCUGGCCAUGUUUCUCCCACAAAGCAGCAAGGGCAGCAGUGCCCCACAGGCCCAGGAUGCCGGCGCUGCCUCAGGGCCUGGGGAAUGACACAGCUGGGCCUGGAAAAGAGGCCGAAUAGCCACACUGGUCGGUUCUGGUCUUCAGAGAACCCUGGAGUUUGCUCCCUUCUGAGCCACCCCAGUGAGCGUGGAAGGGCAGCACCAAUUUGUGCACCUUUGUUACUUCCUAUCACACCAGAGACUGGCCCUUGAGGGCAACCUGCUGCGCUGGCCAUGCCAGGGCAGCCCCACCUGGAGCUUAGUAAAAGCUGCUGUUGGGUUAAAA